AUGGAUAAGGAAACUAAAUGUGAACCUUUAAGUUUUGAUCUUAAUACCGGAGCCAAGAUUCCGGCGGUUGGCCUGGGAACUUGGAAGGCGCCUCCGGGUGUAGUCGGUGAAGCUGUCAUCACAGCCGUCAAGGCUGGUUACAGGCAUAUUGAUUGUGCUCGAGUGUAUGCUAACGAAAAGGAGAUAGGUGUUGCUCUGAAGGAACUAUUUUCAACUGGGAUAGUGAAGCGUGAUGAGCUUUUUAUCACAUCUAAGCUGUGGAGUAGUGACCAUGCGCCCGAGGACGUCUCAAAGGCCCUGACCAAGAGUUUAGAAGACCUGCAACUUGACUACAUUGAUCUCUAUCUUAUUCAUUGGCCAAUUCGGACAAAGCCCGGUUCAAAAGGAUGGGACCCUGAACUCUUUACCCCUCUAUGUCUUCCAGAAACAUGGGCUGCAAUGGAGGGCUUGUAUGCUUCUGGUCAGGCUCGAGCAAUUGGUGUGAGCAAUUUCUCCACAAAGAAGCUGCAAGACCUUCUCACAUUUGCCAAAGUUUCUCCGGCAGUUAAUCAGGUGGAAAGCCACCCUGUCUGGCAGCAACCGGCCCUUCACAACCUCUGCAAAUCCACUGGUGUUCAUCUAUCGGCAUACUCUCCUCUAGGAUCUCCAGGGUCUUGGGUAAAAGGUGAAAUCUUGAAGGAACCAAUACUAACUGAGAUUGCUGAGAUGCUAAACAAGUCACCUGCACAGAUAGCUCUCCGAUGGGGUAUUCAAAGUGGCCACAGUGUUCUUCCAAAGAGUGUAAAUGAGCCCAGGAUCAAGGCGAAUCUCAAUAUAUUUGACUGGUUUAUCCCUCCAGACCUCUUCUCAAAGUUUGAUGGUAUCCACCAGCAAAGGCUCCUCCGAGGGGAUUUUGCUGUCCAUGAAAGUGGAAGCCCUUAUAAAAGUCUGGAAGAACUAUGGGAUGGUGAUAUUUGA